CGAACGCGCGAUAGGAAGGCCGAGGACCUAUACGUCCCAAGUGUGAGACACCACGCCUCUACCUCCUACACCUCCUGCUUGCCCAUUCAUCCCCCAAGGCUGCGAUAUACCCUGGCCCUAUUAAGUGCAAUCUGGAGGUUUUCGUGAGGAUAUAUGUGGUGGAGAAUCGGGAAAUAAAGCACUUGUGUUAUUUUUCUAAAUCAUAGAAAGAUUUAAUCCAGUUUGAUUCGUGAAUAUUGUGUUUUUGGUGACGCGAAGCGACGUAGACGUUGGUGGUGGUGGUGGUGGACUAAUGUGUUGGUGCAGUGUUGGUGUCCGGGAUGCAGGGGCGGUGAUGGUGUAGUGUGUGUAAAAGGCCCCUCAAGCACCUGCCCCAUGCGCUUCGACAAUUUGCAGGAGCCCCGCCAGCACGUGAAUUCCCCGCUCAACUCCCCCCCUCCUCCUCUCACCCCUGUGGGCGUGGGCGGCAGCAUGGCAUACCACCCAUUCCUCCUCCAACGACCCACAGACUUCAGCGUCAACUCGCUCCUGACACAGUCGCCGCCGUACCUUCCGACGCUGGGCCUCCCUGCGGCCGCGGCGGCGGCUGCGGCAGCAGGCUCGCACAACCCAUACAGUCUCCUGCCGAAGUUCCCCGGGCCCAUGGGCCAUCCGUUCACCACGGCCGAGGAUGUGUUGGCCCACUCGCACAUGCGGCCCAUCCGCUCGCUCGUGCCCGAGGAGGACGGCGUGGUGGACGACCCCAAGGUCACCCUUGAGUGCAAGGAUCUGUGGGAGAAGUUCCACAAGUUGGGCACGGAGAUGGUCAUCACCAAGUCUGGCAGGCAAAUGUUUCCUCAGAUGAAGUUUCGAGUGUCAGGGCUAGACCCCAAAGCCAAGUACAUCCUUCUACUAGACAUCGUAGCGGCAGACGACUGUAGAUAUAAGUUCCAUAACAGACGUAUGUUCCCUGCCUACAAGGUCCGUGUCUCUGGCCUUGACAAAAAAGCAAAAUACAUCUUACUUAUGGACAUCGUGUCAGCUGAUGAUUGCCGCUAUAAAUUUCACAACAGCAGGUGGAUGGUUGCUGGCAAAGCCGACCCCGAGAUGCCCAAACGGAUGUACAUUCACCCAGACAGCCCAGCGACGGGUGAACAGUGGAUGCAAAAAGUUGUAUCCUUUCACAAGCUAAAACUUACGAAUAAUAUUUCCGACAAACACGGCUUUGGAGGGGCGGAAGCUAAGGUAAGUCACCCAAGUGGCACCCUUCUUGGCACAGGGUCAGCUCCAAAAGGGCCUUCCCCGAAUGAUGUCAGGUCAGCCACACAUGCCCUGAGGUCGAGGUCUUUGGAAGUGCAGUCGUUUCGGGAGUGCAGUCGUUUCUUGUUCCCUUUUUUAAGUGUUCUGAAAAUGAUGCUUAGCGAAGGAGGAGGAGAAUCGGAAUCGGACUGUCUCUUCUGUUAUUUAUUAACAGAGCCAGUGAUACCAAUACCAACCCCCGACAAUGCCAGUAUCAACCCCAUAUACACCAGAGUACCCAUCCCAAACACACCAGUACCAACCUCAUCAACAGCAAUACCAUCCAACCUCGUCAACAGCAGUACCAGUACUAACCCCCUUAAUUCCAACACCAGUACCAACCCAUAUACACAGAGUACCAAUCCCAAAUACACCAGUCCCAACCUCAUCAACAGCAGUACCAGUACUAACCCCUUAAUUCCAGUACCAUUUCCAACCCCAUUAACCACACCAGUACUAACCCCAUUAAUACCAACACCAUUAAUACCGUUAAUACCAACACCAGUACCAACCCCAUUAAUACCAGCACCAACAACACCAGAAACAACACCAGCCCUCCUAACAGCCGCCCACACCAGCACAACCCUCACAUUCCUUGGUCGCAGCAGGUAG